GGGAACCGGGGACACCGCGCUCGGAGGAGCUCCCGUGGGGGCGCGGGGCUGUUGGCGGCCCCCCGAGCGCCGUGCUCCGAGCGCUUGAGGAGACGGGAGGCUUCUUCGCUACCCGCGUUAGGGGUCGCAUCUCUUCUCCACUGGCACCCCCUGCACUUUUCUUACUACGACCGGCGGCUCCCAUGGCUCUGAGCAAAGGGCUACGGCUGCUCUGGAAGCAGGAGCCGGGGCCGAGCGCUCUGCUGGAGUCGCGCACCCGCCAGGACUGCCUGUUGCUGGAGGCCGGCACCGUGGCGGCGCUCACUCCAGAAGAAAAGGAUGCAAUUAAAGGACAUUAUGAAAAACUCAUGGAUGCUUAUGGCUGCUUAGGAGAGCUUCAGCUUAAGUGUGGUAAUGCCCGGCUGCACUUUCUGGUCCUGGUGACAGGCUGUACAUCGGUGGGAAAAAUCCUGGAUGCUGAAGUUUACAAAAUUACUGCAACAGAUUUCUGUCCUCUCCAGGAAGAAACCAAGGAAGAGGAGCGCGUUACUGCCUUGAAGAAAAUCCUGAACUCUGGGAUGUUCUAUUUCUCCUGGCCUAAUGCAGGCUCAAACUUUGACCUGACUGUGCGGGCUCAGAAGCAGGGUGAUAACCACUAUGAAUCUGGUAACUCGUUCUUCUGGAACCAGCUAUUGCACGUGCCCUUCAAACACUACCAGGUGAACUGCUCUGACUGGUUACUGAAAGUGAUGUGUGGGGUAGUGGACAUUCGCACUGUUUAUGCUUCCCACAAGAAGGCAAAAGCCUGCCUCAUCUCUCGCAUCAGCUGUGAGCGAGCUGGUGUCCGGUUUCACAUUCGAGGGGUCAAUGAUGACGGACAUGUGUCCAACUUUGUUGAGACAGAGCAGACUAUUUACUUGGAUGAUGACGUCUCUUCCUUUGUGCAGAUCAGAGGUUCUGUUCCACUGUUCUGGGAGCAACUGGGGCUUCAGGUGGGUUCCCAUCAUCUAAGGCUUAACAGAGGUCUAGAAGCGAAUGCUCCUGCCUUUGACAGGCAUAUGAUGCUUCUGAAAGAGCAGUAUGGAAAACAAGUGAUCGUUAACCUGUUGGGAAGCAGAGGAGGGGAGGAGGUGCUCAACAGAGCUUUUAAGAAACUGCUAUGGGCCUCUUCCCAUGCGGCAGACACUCCUAUGAUAAACUUUGACUACAAGUUUGCAAAAGGUGGGAAAACUGAGAAACUGGAAAAUUUGCUGAGGCCUCAGCUGAAGUUGCAUUGGGAAGACUUUGGAAUCUUCACAGAGGGCGAGAAUGUAAGUCCACGUCUGCAGACAGGUACUUUUCGAAUUAAUUGCUUGGACUGCCUGGAUCGUACUAAUAGUGUUCAGUCCUUCAUUGCACUGGAGAUCCUCCUUGCUCAGUUAGAGAGCCUUGGAUUGAACUCUAAAUCUGUAAUUGAGCGCUUUGUGGAAUCCUACAAAGUAAUGUGGACUCUUAACGGUCAUAAUCUGAGCAGAGUAUCAACAGGCAGUCGUGCCCUUGAGGGGAAGAACAAGGUUGGGAAGCUCAAGGAUGGUGCCCGCUCUGUGUCUCGCACUAUUCAGUCAAAUUUCUCUGAUGCAGUAAAGCAGGAAGCCAUAAAGUUGCUGCUCAUGGGUGACUUCUUCAGUGAGGAGUAUGCAGACAAAGGCAAGAUGCUCAUGGACCACACUGCACUGCUGGUAACUCCAAGUAUUUUGAAGGCCAUGUCAGAGCGUCAGUUUGAAUUCACAAGCUUCAAGCGUGUUCGUGUUGCCACAGGGACCUGGAAUGUGAAUGGGGGGAAGCAGUUUCGAAGCAACAUCCUUGGUACCAGUGAGCUGACAGACUGGCUGCUGGAUUCUCCCAAGCUCUCUGGAGUUUCUGAAUUUCAGGAUGAUAACUUCCCUCCUGAUAUAUUUGCAGUGGGGUUUGAAGAGAUGGUUGAAUUAAAUGCAGGGAAUAUUGUGAAUGCCAGUACAACAAAUAGAAAAAUGUGGGGAGAGCAGCUUCAAAAAGCAAUUUCCAGGACUCAUCGCUACAUUCAGCUGACAUCAGCACAGCUUGUUGGUGUUUGUCUUUUCAUCUUUGUACGACCAUACCAUGUCCCCUUCAUCAGGGAUGUAGCAAUAGACACUGUGAAGACAGGAAUGGGAGGAAAAGCUGGAAAUAAAGGGGCAGUGAGCAUUCGUUUUCAGUUCUAUAGUACUAGUUUCUGCUUUAUAUGCAGUCACUUAACUGCUGGGCAGACUCAGGUGAAAGAAAGAAAUGAAGAUUAUAAAGAAAUCACACAGAAACUCAGCUUCCCAAUGGGGCAGAGCAUGUUCUCACAUGACUAUGUCUUCUGGUGUGGUGAUUUUAACUAUCGCAUCGAUCUAACAUAUGAGGAAGUGUUUUAUUUUCUCAAACGUCAAGAUUGGAAGACACUUUUGGAAUUUGAUCAACUACAACAGCAAAAAUCCAGUGGAAAAAUUUUUAAAGACUUCCAUGAAGGGACUAUUAAUUUUGGACCAACAUAUAAAUACGACGUUGGCUCAGAGGCUUAUGAUACAAGUGAUAAGUGCAGAACCCCAGCCUGGACUGACAGAGUGCUUUGGUGGAGAAAGAAACUGCCUUUUGAAAAAACAGCUGGAGAGAUCAAUCUUCUAGACAGUGAUCUGAAUGCUGAAACUAAAGUCAGGCACACCUGGACACCUGGAGCCUUGAUGUACUAUGGGAGAGCCGAGCUUCAAGCAUCUGACCACAGGCCAGUGUUAGCUAUUGUAGAAGUGGAAGUUCAGGAAGUUAAUCAAGCUGCCCGUGAGAGUGUUUUCCAGGAAGUGUCAUCUUUCCAGGGACCACUGGAUGCCACAGUAGUGGUAAAUCUGCUAUCACCAACACCAGAAGAGAAGAAUGAAUUUCCUGAGGACUUGCGUACAGAGCUUAUGCAAAUGUUUGAGAAUUAUGGCACUAUUGUUCUGGUCAGGAUCAGUGGAGGCCAAAUGCUGGUGACAUUUGCAGACAGCAAGUCAGCUCUUCGUGUUAUGGAUAUAGAUGGUGUCAAAGUUAGAGGCAGAACAGUGAAGAUCCGGCCCAAGACUAAGGACUGGCUAAAGGGCCUUCAGGAGGAAAUUGCUCGAAAACGGGACAGCAUUGCACCCGUAUCUCCCACGGCAAACUCCUUUCUUCUGGAAGAAAAUUUUGACUUCUCAAGUUUGGACUAUGACUCGGAAGGUGAUAUAGUGGAGGAUGAAGAUGACUAUUUAGAUGAUACUUUGUGUCAACAUCUAGUAGAUAACACAGCAGAAGAUAUGCCUGAGAGCUCUCGACAAUUUGCAUCCACACCUCUUUCAAACAAAUCUGGACCCAACCCACAGCUCUAUAAAGAUGAUUCAGACCUGGCCAAUCUGAAGCGGGAGCUGGAGGUGGGUGAGGAAUGCCAUCGCCGGCCUCCAAGCAGGUCUCUGUCCAUUCCUACCAGGCCUUGGCCACUUCAGCCACCACAGAGGCCUCCCCCUCCAGCUGGAACACCAAGCAAAAAGCCCCCCUCAGAUGGUUCCCUCUCUCCAGAAAGCCACUCCUCCUGUUCCAUCCUGGCAAUGGCAAAGCUGCUACCUGGAGCCCCUCAGCAGCCACCUAAAGUCCGGACUGGAAUAAGUAAACCUUACAACGUCAAGCAGAUCAAAACCACCACAGCUGAGGAAGCAGAAGCAGCUAUUAGAUGUCUUAUGGAAGCUAAAGGAGGACUACAGGAAGAUGCAGUAAAGCCUGCUCCAACUAAAAACCAGUCCUUCACCAAAACAGAGCCUCUUCCCAGCUUGACAAAGUCAGCAUCAUUUCAAGGGUCACAAGCAGGACCAGUGCUUGUGCCCCAUCGCCCACCACCCAAAGUUCCAACUACGAAGAAGCCGGUACCACUGCAACGGACCGGAGUCAAGGUGGAAAAUGCCACAUCUACAGAAGAGCAGUUUGAACAACAGCCAGCAGAGUCUCCUUUUGGCUUUCCAGAGCCCUCUCUAGAAGCUGGACCUAUUCUUACUCCAACCAGGAUUACUCCAGUCCCUAAACCCAGAACCACACAACCUGGGAAGCCUCAGGAGAGCAGGGGGAGCAGUGAAAGGCAGGCCCCUUCCUCCAACAUGGCUGACGCCAUUGCACUGCCUUCGCAAAAUGCCUCCUUUGCCCCAAAGGUGCCACCAAGAAGAAAGAAGUCGGCUCCUGCAGCUCUUCAUCUGCAAGUUCUCCAGAGCAGCGACAACCCACUUUUUAGUGGGCUGAUGUUCAACUCCAACAACAACAAUCCUGGGCUCUGCCCUCAGACUCGGGAUUCUCACGGCCCCAUGCAGGCAUCUCUCUCAGCUCCUGCCUUCUCUACCAGCCCAGAAGACAACACAGCUAAGCAGCUGGCACCAAGCACCACAGAAUUGAUGACCAACCUCCAGUAUCCUCCUGUACCAGGGAGCCAGCAUGCACAGCUCUCAGAUACCAGCUUUCUUGCAGAGAACACCAAUCUUUUGGACCUGGACCUGGAUUGUUCCUGCCCUCUUUCUAUGCAGGUGGCAUCAGCUUCUCCAGCACACACUCCAGAAAGUCUAAAACAUCCCAGCUUGAAAGAUUUCAGUCACUGGGUUACAUUUAGUGAUGAUGAAGACAGUAGUGGCCUGGCAGAAGGAUUCAACAAACUUCUUGUCUUAGAGCAAAAUAAAAAUAGCUUGAUGAAGGCAAAUACUGAUUUAGAAUUGUAAAAUUUUGUCCCCUUAUUGUUCCUAUAGAAAUUGUAAUUGUAAUGCAAAAGCAAUCUAUCUUUUGCACAAGGAUUUUUAUUUAAGGGAAUAGAUUAUCUGUCCAGGCUACAUUUCAUGUUUAAAGGUAAGAAUUCUGCCCCUGGAGGGACAUGUAUAUACAACCUAACCUUAUCUACAGCUUGUUUGAAAAGUUCUUUAUCCUAAGUUAUUUCUUUUUAUUAAUCUUAAACAUCUUAAGAUGUUUUACUUCAUUUCAGGUACAAAUCAUAUAUAAGAAUAUGUAAUGAUGUACGGAUAAAAGACCCGCAGAAAAACAUUUUCCUGUGAAAUUUAUGUAUUAAUCCAUUUCUGCCACUUGAAAUAAAGCACCCUUAUCUGAAA